GUGAGAAACAGGAACAGCAGUGGAGAGAGGGAUCCCAUGGCAGAUCAAGAAAAGAUUUUAGAGGAGGCACAAAGGAAUGGACAAUCAGACCGUCCUGGCCGUCCAGUCACUGUUGGAUGGCCAAGGAGCAGUCCCUGAUCCAACAGGCCAGAGUGUCAAUGCACCUCCUGCUAUCCAGCCACUGGAUGAUGAGGAUGUCUUUCUUUGCGGAAAGUGUAAGAAGCAGUUCAACUCGCUGCCAGCAUUUAUGACCCACAAGCGGGAACAGUGCCAGGGGAAUGCCCCACCCCUGGCCACCGUCUCAUUGGCCACCAACAGCAUCUACACCCCUUCGGCAGCCCCUGCAGCUGUCCAGCAGGCCCCGCCUCCUGCCAAUCGCCAGAUCUCCACGUACAUUACUGUGCCCCCAUCCCCGCUGAUCCAGACCCUGGUGCAGGGGAACAUCUUGGUGAGUGAUGACGUGCUAAUGUCUGCCAUGUCGGCCUUCACGUCCUUGGACCAGCCCAUGUCCCAGGGCCCCCCGCCUGUGCAGAGCAGCCUGAACAUGCAUUCCGCACCAAGCUACCUCACGCAGCCUCCGCCACCUCCUCCACCCCCUCCGCCACUGCCCCCACCCCCACCACCCCAACCCCCACCGCCCCCACCCCAGAGCCUGGGGCCCCCUGGGCGUCCCAACCCUGGCAGCAAUGGCGUGGUGGAGGUGUACAGUGCCACAGCGCCCCUGGCUGGGAGUGGCACGGUGGAGAUCCAGGCAUUGGGAAUGCAGCCUUACCCACCCCUGGAGGUGCCAAACCAGUGUGUGGAGGCUCCAGUAUACCCCACCCCUCCAGUGUACAGCCCUGGCAAACAGGGAUUCAAACCGAAAGGACCAAACCCAGCUGCCCCCAUGACCAGCGCUACAGGGGGCACGGUGGCCACCUUUGACUCCCCACCAACACUGAAGACCCGCCGGGCCAAAGGUGCCAGUGGACUCCCAGAAGCUGCAGGGAAGCCCAAGCCUCAAAAACUCAAGUGCUCGUACUGUGACAAGUCAUUCACCAAAAACUUCGACCUGCAGCAGCACAUCCGAAGCCACACCGGUGAGAAGCCCUUCCAGUGCAUUGCAUGUGGCCGUGCCUUUGCCCAGAAAUCUAAUGUCAAGAAACACAUGCAGACUCAUAAGGUGUGGCCUCCAGGGCGGAGCGGUGGCACUGUCUCUCGCAACUCUGUGACCGUACAGGUCAUGGCCCUCAACCCCAGCAGGCAGGAGGAUGAGGAAAACACAGGAUUGGACCAGUCCCUGUCGGGUGCCCCACAGCCCCAGGCCUUGCCUGCUGCAGAUGAGAAUGAAGGGGACAAACUGGAGGCCAAGCAGGUUGUCCUCAUCGAUAGCUCCUACCUGUGCCAGUUCUGCCCCAGCAAGUUCAGCACCUACUUCCAGCUCAAGUCCCACAUGACCCAGCAUAAGAAUGAGCAGGUAUACAAGUGUGUGGUCAAGAGCUGUGCGCAGACGUUCCCAAAGCUCGACACCUUUCUGGAGCACAUCAAGAGCCACCAGGAGGAGCUGAGCUAUCGCUGCCACCUCUGUGGCAAGGACUUCCCCUCGCUCUAUGAUCUGGGCGUGCACCAGUACUCCCACAGCCUCCUGCCGCAGCACAGCCCUAAGAAGGACAGCGCAGUCUACAAGUGUGUCAAAUGUGUCAACAAAUACUCAACCCCCGAGGCCCUGGAACACCAUCUGCAGACCGCCACUCACAACUUCCCCUGCCCUCACUGCCAGAAGGUGUUUCCUUGUGAGCGCUACCUGCGGCGCCACCUGCCCACCCACGGCAGUGGCGGCAGGUUCAAGUGCCAGGUGUGCAAGAAGUUCUUCCGGCGGGAGCACUACCUCAAACUGCAUGCUCACAUCCACUCAGGUGAGAAGCCCUACAAAUGCUCAGUGUGCGAGUCCGCGUUCAACCGUAAGGACAAACUGAAGAGACACAUGUUGAUCCAUGAGCCAUUCAAGAAAUACAAAUGCCCCUUCUCGACACACACGGGCUGCAAUAAAGAGUUUAACCGGCCAGACAAGCUGAAGGCGCAUAUCCUCUCCCACUCCGGCAUGAAGCUCCACAAGUGUGCCCUGUGCAGCAAGUCCUUCAGCCGCCGCGCCCACCUCGCGGAGCACCAGCGUGCCCACACCGGCAACUACAAGUUCCGCUGCGCCGGCUGUGCCAAGGGCUUUUCCCGACACAAAUACCUCAAAGAUCACCGCUGCCGCCUUGGCCCCCAGAAGGAUAAGGACCUGCAAGCCCGGCGGCCCUCCCGGAGGAGGGCAGCACCCCGCAGUGGCAGCAGUGGUGGGCGUAAGGUGGUAACCCCCCUGCCCGACCCGCUGGGGCUGGAGGAGCUGAAGGACACCGGGGCUGGGUCAGUGUCCGAGGCUGCCCCAGGCAAGCCGCCCUUCUCGGAGCCAGACGCAGUGCUGUCCAUCGUGGUGGGUGGCCCAGUGGGGGGUGAACCGGAGCUGGUAGUGCCUGGGCAUGCAGAGAGCCUGGGCUCCAACCUGGCGCUGGCAGAGCUGCAGGCCGGGGCCGAGGGCCCAUGUGCCAUGCUAGCUGUGCCUGUCUACAUCCAGGCCUCAGAGUGACGGACCCGUGGUGUUUGCUCCCAGAGCCCGGCCUGAUGCUCCCCUGUGGGUCUAGGCCUCAGGGGCCGACGAGAGAUCCUUCCCCAUGGAAGUGAGCCAUUGGCCAAAAUCCUUCUGGAGUGUCAUUUAUGAACCCUCGCCUGUGGCUAGCCUGCUGUGGCUCCUAUUCUGCUGGCUAGGCCUGUAGCAUUCUGGAAUGUGAGGCAGGGCUGCCUACCGCUUCCAGGUAGGGGCACUGGAGGUAAGAGAGCUGGCCAAGCCAGCAGCCCAGGGUCUGGCUGGUCCAGCCUGGUGUCAGCUCACCUAAGAGAGAAGCUAGAGUGGUCCCGCCCACCCCUCCUCGGGGCUGUCUCAGUGUGGCCUCUGGUCAAGCUGGACCUCCUCUUCUGGAGGCCUGAAAUGGGUAGAGCCCUUAUCUGCUGUACCUUUUCGUUUACGGUUCCACAGGGUAUCCGCAGAUGACUUUGUGACAUAGGCAUUUAGGCAGCACUGAGUGUCACAGUUAGAGUACAGCUAUCAGCCAGAUUUGGCCUUAAAUCUAAGUGCUGCUAUUCACUUGCUGUGUGACCUUAGGUAUGUCACUUGCCGUCUCUGAGCCCUGUGUGUCUCUUCUGUACAAUGGGGCUUAUGACAUUUCGACCUCAUAGGGCUGUCAUGGGGACCCAAUAUGAUGAUAUGUGCAAAGGACUUGGCAUAGUGCUUGGCACUUGGAAAGUGCUCAAAUGUUUUUAUCAAAAAGUGUCCAACGGCUUUGGCUCGAGCCUUGGCAGUUUCUUUCUUUGCCCCUAGGUGGCAGCACUCCCUCCUCCAAAGUGUGUGGGGACUGAGAGGGCCCAUGGCCCCUUGCCCACAGCUGCGCUGCCCCGUUAGCCAUGAGAGGUUCGGUGCUCCCACAUUUUCAGAACAUGGCCAUGGAAGGGGUUUAUACUCACUUUGGAAAAAUGCAGGAUCCUGGGCCUUGCCCCAAACCCUUCAACAUCAGAAACUCUGAUCAGAGCCAGAGGUCCAUCGCAAGCAGGCCUCUAAAAUCAGUAGUUGCCCCCACUGCCAGCACUCUGUCCCCACUCCCCAGCUAGUCCAGAGGAGAAGCAAGCCAGGCUUAUUGGGAGGCAGGGAAGAGAAAAGGGACCUUGACCAGGGUCUCCUCAUUUCUAUUCACAGCCACACUGCCUCAGUGAUAGGAGAGGAAACCGAGGCCCAAGAAGAGACAGGGCAGGACGCAGCAGAGCUGUUGGACUCAGUUUGAUGAGUUUCCUUGAAGGCUGGUACGUCCCUCAGAUAUCUGUGCUGAGGCUCUGGGCUGUAGCUCAGAGCAAGCCCAGCUUCCCCUCAGGAAGGGUAAGAUGCAAGAUGAAGGACCAAUGAGGAAGUGGUAUACAGCUGAGGUAGUGAGAGCUUGAAGUGCACCCAGCCCUCAAGGCCAGAGCUGGGCUGGUGAGGACAGAAGGUCUCUUUAGGGGAGGGCACGUUUGAGCUGGUCCUUGACACAGGGUGUUUUGAUGGAUGGAUAAAUAGGAAAAGGCAUGCCAGGAAGAGAAAGUCAUGAGCAAAGCCUUCAAAGUAGGAUGAUUCUGGUGAAUGGAUCAGGAUGACCAGAGAUUUGGGGGUAGUGGUUAGAUCAUAAUAAUUUCUUAUAUAUUUUGAGCUUCCACAUGAUGGACACUGCACAUACCACCUCAGCCCCAGCAGGUGAGGAUUGUUAAUUUCCUUAUUUUACAGAUGAGGAAACAAAGGCACAGAGAGGCAGAGCUCCUUGCCCAAGCUCACACAGCUAGUAAGUCGCAGAGAAGGGAUUCAGGCUGGGGUGGCCUGCCUCUGUGUGCCAUUAGCCACUUUGCUAUAUUGAAAUAUAAGUUGGUGUUGAAUCAAAUGUCGUUGGAUGUUGGGUUGAGGAACUUAGACUGUUCUCUCCAAAAUGGAGGAGUCAUUAAAUGUUUUAAAAAAUUGUGACAUUAAAGAAAAUGUUAAGAACCAUGUCUCCAUCCCAAUAAAACUACUUAAGUUAUA